AUGGAUUCGGCAAACCUCCACAAGCAAUCCGAACCUGAGGAACCCCGCUUCCUCAACUUCCCACACGCCCCAGAUGGCGCCACCCGCGACGGCAAGCCUGUGCUGAACAGGUACUCGACCGUUGUCACCAAGGGACAUGACUUCCCGGGUGCUCAGGCUAUGCUGUAUGCAGCCGGCGUCCCCGACAAAGAGACGAUGGAGACUGCCCCUCAGGUUGGCAUUGCCUCCGUCUGGUGGGAGGGUAACCCAUGCAACAUGCACCUGCUUGAUCUGGGAAAAGCCGUGAAGGAUGCCGUUCAGAAGCAAGGGAUGCUGGCAUGGCAGUAUAACACGGUUGGAGUGUCCGAUGCCAUCACCAUGGGCGGCGAGGGCAUGCGCUUCUCCCUCCAGACCCGUGAGAUCAUUGCAGACAGUAUCGAGACCGUCACAUGCGCACAGUUCCACGACGCCAACAUCUGCAUACCAGGCUGUGACAAGAACAUGCCCGGCUGUGUCAUGGCCAUGGCGCGUCACAACCGCCCGGCUCUGAUGCUUUACGGAGGUUCGAUCAAGCCGGGCUAUUCAAAGCUGCUGCAGAAGCCCAUCAACAUUUCGACUUGCUACGAGGCACAUGGUGCCAUGGUCUACAAUACCCUGAGAGCCGAACACGACCCUACAAUCACGCAAGAUGCUAUCAUGGAUGAUCUGGAGAAGAGUGCAUGCCCGGGGCCCGGCGCUUGUGGAGGCAUGUACACGGCAAACACGAUGGCGUCGGCCAUUGAGACGCUCGGCCUUACUCUCCCUGGCUCAUCCUCCACCCCUGCGGAAAGCCCAACCAAGAUGCGCGAGUGCGCCAAGGCAGCCGAGUGCAUCAAGGUGUGCAUGGAGAAAAAUAUCAAGCCACGUGAUAUCCUCACAAGGAAAGCUUUCGAGAACGCUAUGGUCAUCAUGAUGGCUCUGGGUGGUAGUACAAACGGCGUUCUCCACUUGCUCGCCAUGGCCGGAACUGCCGGUGUGCCUCUCACGCUUGACGAUUUCCAACACGUGAGCGACAAGAUUCCCUACAUCGCCAACCUUGCUCCAAGCGGCAAGUUCUACAUGGCAGAGCUUUUUGAAAUCGGCGGCAUCCCUUCAGUUCAGAAGCUCCUGAUCGCUGCGGGCUUGCUGGAUGGCUCCCUCAUCACUGUCACAGGCAAGACGCUUGCGGAAAAUGUAGAGUCGUGGCCGUCCCUUCCGCAGGGCAAUGAAAUCAUCCGCACUCUCGACAACCCUAUCAAGAAGACUGGCCACAUCGAGAUUCUGCGCGGAAAUUUGGCUCCUGGAGGUGCGGUUGCAAAGAUCACUGGCAAGGAGGGCUUGAGUUUCACCGGAAAGGCCAUGGUGUUUGACAAGGAGAGCGAACUUGACAAGGCACUCGCCCAGGGCCAGGUCCCACAUGGCGAGAACAUUGUUAUCCUGGUGCGCUACGAAGGUCCCAAGGGUGGUCCAGGCAUGCCCGAGCAGUUGAAGGCAUCUGCUGCACUCAUGGGCGCCAAGCUCACGAACGUGGCACUAAUCACCGAUGGGCGGUACAGUGGAGCAUCGCAUGGCUUCAUUGUUGGCCACAUCGUUCCAGAGGCAGCCGUCGGAGGUCCAGUCGCUAUCGUCCGUAACGAUGACGUGAUCACAAUCGAUGCGGAAAAGAACAGGCUCGAUGUCCACCUAAGUGACGAGGAGAUUCGGAGGAGGAUGUCAGAAUGGAAACCUCCGAAGAGGCCCGUCACCAGGGGUGUCUUGGCAAAGUACGCCAGAUUGGUGGGAGAUGCCAGCCACGGCGCGAUGACGGAUCUUUUCUGA